CGUCAUGCGCUUUGUGCGUGGCUGCUACGUUUAUAUGACGUUUAGCAAGUGUGUGUUUAUUAUUAUUUCGCUUUGAAAAAGGCGAACAUUGAAAAUACAGGCAAGUUAGCAGCGGUGACGCGCAAUGCUAGCUAGCUCUUAAUUGGCUAAAGAGCGGCACGCUACCGAGCUAGCUAGCUAGCUAGCUAGCUAGCAGCAGUUAAAGUUUCUACUUGUGUAGCAUAAACUCGUCACUUCAAUUACGACGGCGAAAGAAAAAAAAAACGAUAGAAUAGUUGAUUGCGCCUAAGAUAAGCAUCUACGUUCUCCGACGACAUGGACAGCAGCAGGAAGAAGGUGACUUUUAAGUGGCUGCAAAGGGCUUCCUCUCCAACUGCGACUUUCCAGGACAGAACACCCCCGUCUGCCGUCGGUGAGUCACCAGGAUCGGCCAGCUUUGCUGAGCUCAGCCUGGACACUCCCAAGAGAAAAGCCGAGGUGCUCGGUGAAGCUGCCACAUCUUUAAGCAAAAUGGAGCUGAGGAAGCGCUCCAGGUUGAAUUUUGGCACAUUCAAGGACUCCGAUGAGGAGGUAUCUACACCCAGUGACGCUUCAUCUCAUCCCUCUCACUCCUUCGUCAUGAAAAAGAAGGACAGGACGCCGGAGGAGGGGUUAAAGGCCAUUUACAGGAGGGCGUUAUCUGCAGCUGUCGGCAGCAGUGCGUUGAAGCUCACCCCGACCAAAAGCACACUGAGGGCAAAUAAAUGUGAGGAUCCAAAAGAUGAGCCGUCCACCUCUCGGCUUGUUGGAGUUUCCGUGACAGCCCUACCUAGCUCUGCGCUCAAAGUGGAGACCGACACAACACACAAAAGCUUUCCUCGUGCUUCCCAAAACUGUGUGGCAGCCGAACCUGCAGCUGAGGAUGGCGAUUUGGCCCCCCCUCUUCUUGAGGAUGUUUCAGAUUCUUUGUCUUGCUGUAUGACUCCUAUGGAUGAACCUUCCGACGGCUGGCGGCGCCUCACUCCGACAUUAAAACACAGUCUUGGAGCUGCACCUUCCACGGGGGACAUCUGGGAUGCAGGGUCCUCCCUGUCCCACAGGACUGUUUUUGUGUCCUGCAAGCAGCAACAAGCUGCUGCAGCCGGAGCGGACCCCAAGACCGCACGCUCCCCCGGCAUUAUUGAUUCAGCACACAUGCGAGCGGGAGACUAUGCGACCACACGCAGGCAAUCGUAUGCCGGCACUUCCGUCCAUUCGCCGCCUUUCUCAUCUCUACGUGACGGCAACCCCAGGAGAAGACUGUCCAUGGGGGACCCUCAACCCACCUGGACGCGCUACCCCUCCAGCGGGUCUGGCUUCAUCGACACCCACUGCCAUCUUGACAUGCUCUACUCAAAGCUGCGCUUCCGCGGAUCCUUUGGGCGUUUCCAAAAAGUCUACAGCAGCAGCUUUCCCGCCGAGUUUGGCGGCUGCAUCGCAGACUUCUGCAACCCCCGCCUCAUGGCACAGGAGGCAUUGUGGGAAGAUUUACUGGCUGAGGACAUGGUCUGGGGGGCGUUCGGGUGCCACCCUCACUUUGUCAACGAGUACUCCGACGUCCAUGAACGCAGCAUCCUGAAAGCCAUGGGGCACCCGAAAGCGGUGGCAUUCGGCGAGAUGGGGCUGGACUACUCGCACAAGAACUCCACGUCUUCCGACAAGCAGAAAGAGGUCUUUGAGCGUCAGCUGCGGUGGGCUGUAGCCAUGCAGAAGCCCCUGGUCAUCCACUGCAGGGAUGCAGAUGACGACCUGAUGAGAAUCCUGAAGAAGUCCGUCCCCAAGGACUACAAAAUUCACAGGCACUGUUUUACAAACAGCUAUUCGGUGAUUGAGCCCUUCCUGGAAGAGUUCCCCAACCUCUAUGUGGGCUUCACAGCCUUGAUCACCUACUACAACGCUUUCCAGGUGCGAGAUGCUGUCCGCAAGGUGCCUCUCCACCGCAUUGUGUUGGAGACCGACGCGCCCUACUUCCUGCCGAGGAUGGUGAGCAAAGACCUGUGCAAGUUUUCCCAUCCGGGAAUGGGCAUCCACACCCUGCAAGAGCUGAGCCUACUGAAGGGGGAGGACAUGCCCACAGUCCUCGCCGCCAUCCGAAACAACACCACUCGGCUUUACGGCAUCUGAGCCACUUGAUGGGCCCUAAUGUUAGUUUCUGGCUGGUUAUAUAUUUAUGUAUCCUUUAGAGCAGGCAAUGUAAGUUUUUACCGUUAUUGUUCAUAAGCCUCUCUUGUUUUUUUUGCUUCGCUUCAUUCAGGAUGUUUAACACGCCUUCUUUGUGUAGAUACUGCUUACUUUGACAGUAUGCCAAAUAUAUUAAACAGUUGAAAUCCUGCAGAUGUAAUUUCAGCGGUGCACACAAGACGCUGCAGCACAUUAAUAUGUGGAACGAACACACUAAGGCAGAUGACUCCUGAGCGCAUUGAUUGAAGGAGCAGCUCUGAGUGACACCACUUACACGCAAUGUUCCUUUGUGGUGCUUUUAUUUUGACAU